AUGAAAAUGGAGAACUUCGUGAGGAGAAUGGAAGAAGAGAUCCGAGGCGAGGACGACGUCAAGAAAGAAGAACUAAGCUGUCCCGAGCCUAUCAGCAAUACACCCCUCCAUAAGAAAAGAAAGAUGGUGAUUUCUCCAUGCAAUUUGCAGAGGAGAAAGUGUGUUGCCGAGAAUAGUACUAUAGAGAAAAAGGAGUCCACUUUUAUGUCUUGCAGAAAGUGUGGGAAAAAGCUAAAAUUAACAAAUAACUACAACUGUAGAUGUGGAAACACAUAUUGUAUCAUGCACAGAUUUCAUGACCAACAUGGCUGUACAUUCGACUAUAAAACAAUAGCAAUGGCAAAGCUCUCGGCACAAAAUCCAAGGGUUAUGGGAAAGAAGAUAGGAGAACCAUAG